AUGUUCGCAACUCUCCUUGGAAUAUUCGGCGAGGCGUCGACGCUUCACUAUGCGUUGGAAACGUUUCUAAUUGCUGCCGUCACAUUUCUCUAUUUCAGACGCAGAGAAGUGAAGGAUUCUCGAGUCAAACUAACGGAAAAGCAAAAAGAUGAGUUGAUAGCAGAAUGGAAGCCGGAACCUCUUGUGCCCGACACACCUCAAGAUCACCCCGUCUUAAACCCAAGAUUCAUCGAUGGAAAAAUGACAAAGUACGUGAAAAUCGAGGGAAAGGAAUACCUGAACAUGGUAACUAGCAAUUUCCUUGGAUUUGUUGGCGAACAACGAAUUGAGGACGUUGCCAAAAAGACGAUUUUCAAGUACGGAGUUGGGUCUUGUGGGCCUCGUGGUUUCUACGGAACAGUUGAUGUGCAUUUGGAUCUUGAAAAAGAAUUGGCUCAAUUCUUUGGAUGCGAAGAAGCCGUUUUGUACAGCUACGGUUUUGCAACAAUUGCUUCUGCAAUUCCAGCCUAUGCCAAGAGAGGAGAUGUCAUUUUUGUAGAUAAAGGUGUCAACUUUGCGAUCCAAAAGGGCUUGCAAGCUUCUCGAGCUCGUGUUGAGUGGUUUGAGCACAAUGACAUGGAAGAUCUCGAAAGAUUGUUGGAGCUUCAAGCUGAAAAGGACAAAAGGGAUUCUGUAAAAGCAGGGAAGACUCGGCGUUUCAUGGUUGUUGAGGGAAUCUAUGCUAACUCGGGUGAAAUUUGUCCUCUUCAAAAGCUCAUGGAGUUCAAGUGGCAACACAAAGUGCGAAUUUUCAUCGACGAGAGUUACAGUUUUGGUGUUCUUGGAAAGACAGGCAGAGGUAAACUU